UCCUUGACUUUCGAACCAUUGAAAAUAAAAAUCGGUUUCGUUUGUCACUUAAAUUUUGCUACCAUUUUUUUAAAACACAACGGAGCAUAUAGCUGAUUUGCGGCCUAGGUUUUAAAUUUAAGCUAUGGAGGUGAGAGUUGUUAGCAUGAUUAUCUGUUUAGUAAUAACCUGCGACUACUGUCUUGGAUAUUCUAACAGAGAAGAUUCUAUAUUCACUUUGACUGGAAAGCAGGAGAGUUCUUCUACGACUGAUCCUGAUGAAUUAUGGCCUAGCGCGCAGACCGAAGCUUUAGAUGGUCCAGCUAAGGGUGGGAAAUGGAAAAACAAAAUUCCACGUUGGAAAAUAGGUGGACACUCCUAUCGACAUCGUAAAACUAGUUCCUCCAACCUGGAUGCUGUACCUACUUAUGUAUGGAUUAUUAUAGGAAUGUUAGGAUCAACCUUAAUAAUAACCUUUGCUCUUUAUAUGUACUGGAAGUUAGUCCUGGAUAGAACCGUACAAGCAGUUGAUGUCUGAAAUAUUAAAAAAAAAAAAAAAAAAAAAACAUGUUUACUGUGAGUUUAGUAUAUGAAAUUUAUACAUUACAUUAACUCGCAUGAUUGUAAAUAUCGUAAUUAAAAGUGUUCAGUUUUUAAUUAUACAAUAA